AAAUGGAUCGUUCAAUGGUAAGCCACCCCAACUCCGAUUCUGUAUUCUAUUCGAAACAACGCCAGAUAUUAUAUCUAGGUAGGCUUCUUUCGUGUUCUCUUGUUUUGUAGGUUAUAUGAGGUAUGAUUAUCGGUCGUGGAUGUUUGUACCGAUGUGAAGUACGUAGUAUUCAAAAAUUGUCCAUCGUCGAUCGUCGGUUGAUCGUAUUUAUUCAUUCUUCAAUCGCAUUUUUUUACUGUACGAAACAUUUUGGAGAGAAAACAAUCCUUUUUCUACCGUCCUGCACCACGUAGUACUUUGUUAUUAUCAUAUUCCAUCUCUAUGAUACAUACCGUACCGUACAUAGGAGUUAUCGAAAGAGUUUUGGGGGCAUUUGACAUUUGACUUGUUGGAUUAGAAUAUGGAAAAUUUUGUCCCUCCCCAUCAUAUGGAUAGUACAUCCAUCAAUGAGGUGAAAUAACUUGAUUUCCCUUUACCUCUUACUUCAAAAUACUUUUCUCGCUUUUUCGUGUCUUGCUGCGCAGUCCAUGCGUCCCUUCUGCCCAAUACAAGCUUUCGUAAAACAACCCCUAUCCCACCAACAACAACGCCUUUGAACGGUCUUACGUUACAUCAACCAAUAAACCGGGAAUAUAAUUAGCAACCAUGGCCGUUAUUAGUAAGUAGAUGGAUUCAACAAUAGAAAGGAAACACUUCGGAGACCAUCAUAGACUCACGACAAUAGAAGACUAGGAUUAGGAUGGUGAAGGCACAAUAAUUUGACAUGGCCGGACACCAACGCAACUAUGAGGGAACACGUUGUUGUGCUAUUCAAGUAAUACCCGAACUGAUCUGACAAUGUCUGUCGUAUCUGUGCGCCUUUCUUUUUUGCCUUACAGAGACUGGAAAAGUUGUAAUUGUCCUUGCAGGACGACAUGCCGGAAAGAAGGCUGUCGUUGUCAAGACCUUUGACGAGGGAAACAGCGAAAAGCGCUUUUCCCAUUGCUUGGUCGCCGGACUUGCCCGCAACCCCCGCAAGGUCACAAAGGCCAUGUCGAAGAGCAAGGUUGAAAAGCGAUCGAAGUGCAUGAAGCCUUUCGUCAAAUAUAUCAAUGUUCGUCACAUCUUCCCCACACGUUACGUUGUCGACAUGGACCUCAAGAAGACCGUAGACGAGGCCGAUUUGGUUGAUGCCGAACGUCGGGUUGAUGUCAAGAAGAAUUUGAAGAAGGUCCUGUUGGAUAGAUACCUCAACCAAAAGGAAAUCACUAGCGAGAAGAAGGCACAGGGAAGCAAUUAUUUCUUCCAAAAGCUAAGAUUCUAAAAAAUCACCCCCUUUCUACUAUCACACAACCCAUGUCAUCGCAUUUGCAAAGAACGGAUAUUGAAAUACUUGAUUUGAUUAGAGUACGAAGAAUAGCGGUGGUCGAUACAUUCUUCUGAAACUACAGAAGAGGUCAAUGGUUGGUUGUGGUCAAAAAAAGUGGCCUCAGAACACAGCAGGGUACCGCGCACUAUGCAACAAAAACAUUAGUUUUCGUAGAUCGAUUGCACCCACAGCAAGGUGCCUGAAAAUCGUUCGACUAAAAAUGUUCUUUGUCCCGUUACACUCUUUUAUCACUACCUGGCGUCCUCGAUGUCAAUGAGUUGGUUAGAAAAGUAUGAUAAAGUUGUUACUCGUGAUUGUUAGGAUACAAGGGAACGUUGCUUUCUGUGGAUGGCUCAGCAAGAAGCUUUGAAUUAUUUAUGUUAUUUUCCCGAUACUUCUUUUGUGAGCAGCAAGCAUUUUUGUCGUCCAUGAUUUGGUCGGAAUCAUUCGAUCUAAUUCGUUCUGCCGAUUCCGUUUGCACAAGUUGGACAGUCCAGGUUUCGUAGAGCCUGGAGCAUAAACUCCGAUUCGCCAGCCAUAACCAUCUGGUUGCAUUCCUUUUCGGAAAGCAUCUUGCUACGUUUCAGAAUUGUGUUGGACGCUUCUUCUCUCGAAAGAGUUGUUUUGCAUCCCGUCAUGGCCCUGCGUUUCUUCCCUCGUUCCGUUGAAGGGUUGUUGUCAAAGACGGCGCCGCCCGAAUAAUCGCCGUUGUUGAUCCUUUCUAAAUUUUUCGCAUUUUCGCUGUAAGAUUUAGCGCUGCUAGGUUGGGCAAACGCAGACCAGGUUGCUGCGGCUGCGGAUGCGGCGAGGCCGAACGUUAAAUAGGAACGGCGGUCGAGCAAAAACUGGUUGCUCGCAGCAUUCGCUUCCCUUGUCGUUUGUGACGAUAUUUCAACAGCUACUUCACUGCAACCCUGACGAAUGACAACGUUGCAUCGAGAUUCUUCGGUCAUGUACAUAGGAUUGAAUCCAUUCACCUGGGAUACCACAUUCCGCAGGCAAAUCUGUUGCAGGCUAGUGGUAAAAGCACCAACCAUUACUAUCAUGGAGGUCAGGAUAAGAAACGCUGAUGCAAAAAUUGCGCCGAUGGCGCUCGGUCUGGUCGUCAUGACGGCAGAAAUUGUUCUUCGUAGUAUCUUUGUUUUCUAAUUGUUAGGAGACAAGUCCGUACUCGGAAUGGUUCAAGUCAACACUGUGGAUCUUCGAAGGAAAGUGUCAAGAGAAAUACAGAAAUUGCUAUCGAAUUGCUAGAACAAGAACUGUGAACCGUGAACCAUACACUGACAACAUACAGUAACAACUUCAAAUCUGCAUUACGAGUACGAGUACAACUACCGUACGAAGCAGUACGGUACAAUCUUUGAUUUGACACGGAUGUGAGAAAAAAAAUGGUGUUGGAACGACUUCAAUCUCGUCAGAAUUGGGAAUUUGGAAUCUUAUUUCCAUAUUUUCCGUGGUGACGCAAGCACACAUCAAAAUAAAAAUAGGAGAUGACG